AUGAGGACCGGUAGCCUCCUCCUCAUCAUUUUCGCCAUUGUUGUCGUGGCUUACCCGUUUGCAACUUCCGCCGAGGAAGAGUGGUAUCCUAUUGGAGACCCCGACAAUGAACCACGCGUCCAAGAGCUCGACGGGUGGGCAGUGGCGGAGCACGUCAAGCAGGCACACGACGGGCUCAAAUUCAUCAAGGUGGUGAGCGGUGCGGAGGCAAAUGCCGCCGGUGUGAAAUAUCGCCUCGACAUCAAAGCAUUGAACAACAACGGCCAACCUAGUGCAUACAGAGCGAUUUUACUCGAGGAGGUCAGGGACAACAAGCGCACCCUCAUCUCCUUCGGACCCGCGAACUAA